AGCAAAUAUGGCUGCGAAUCCCAGGCAGACCAUUAUAAGCCGUGUGGACAACUUUGACCACUGGAUCCGUCUAGCCACAGAUAAUAAAAUCAACUCCUCCAAUAGCUGGAAAGUCGCCUUAAUUGACUACUUCCACGAUUUGUCAUGUCUCCGCGACGGGGACGGGAUAAACUUUCAGAAGGCGUCGGCGACGCUCGACGGGUGUGUCAAGAUUUACUCGUCGCGCGUUGACUCGGCCGCCACUGAGACCGGAAAACUCCUCAGUGGAUUGGCUUCCCGUUCCCCGAUUGUGGAAGAGAGCAAUAAUAAAGAGCCUCAGGAGGUUUUAAGGGUUUCCAGACCCAAGAAGCAUUCCGAGACCACGUUGGCAAAGAGUUUUGACGCGAUAAAGGCAAAGAGCGUGGAGUCUGAGCUCGCAGUAGAUCCGUUGUUUAAGAAGGUUUUGGCCGAUUUCGACGAGGGUGGGGCUAAAGCGUUGUUGCUUAACAUGUUGAAGGGGCAUAAAUCGGGACGGGUGAUGUUUGCGGAGGAGACUGAAGAGAGUGUGAGCGAACUUGAGGCUCGCAUAGGGUAUGGAAAACCAUCUCACACCUCUGAUAGAUCCCCGGACCUUCCUAAUGCUCAAUCUACGGAAGCAGAACUUGUGACUUGCUUGGGUCAACGCUUUUUUCCCGACUUAUCUCUCCUCGCGUCGUUCAAGAUCUGCCCGUCCAUGGACGGGAUUGAAAAAGUUCUCCACGAUGACGACCUCACCAGCCUCUUGGAAGAAGUCAACGUGUAUGAAAAUAACCAAAUCGAUGACUUCGACAUGGGCAACCCCCACAGCAUCUUCUAUGACGAAGAAGCCGAACCGGGUGAUUCUACCGGUCCCAACAACACCAUGCAACGCCUCUUUGACGAGAGCUUCCAGCGGGAGCUCUCACCUGUGCACGAAACCGUAUCAGAGCUUCCAGAUAUGGAUAUUCUUGCUUACUUCGACUACACCCUCCGGAAGAACUGGGCUGGGGCGGAGCACUGGAAGAUCCAGUCUGUGAAGAAGCCACAGCAGGCAAAACCUGUGGUGAUUCCAUCUUCGAAGGAGAAGUUUGUCAUUGAUUUUAGCCAGAACAGCCCAGAGACGUUUGAAGAGGAAUUGUUUAUCCCCGGGGCAAAUCUACUCCUUCCCAAAACCCAUUGGGUGUCCCAUUCGAAGAACAUCCUCCCGCACGAUAUCCAGUUCAGCACGAAACGUUUGGUCCGCCUUUUCCACAAGGAGAGCAUGAUUCUGACGGUCUUUAACAAACGUGGGGUUGCGGCGGAUAUUCCGGCGGAUGAAAAUUUCUGGGCUGCUAAUUACGAGCAGGAAGAGACGAUUUUGGUGGGAAAAUCACAGCUUGAUGUGCUCAGAGACGACAUGAACGAGAUUCAUCAAUCAUUUGACCACACCUAUUUGAGUAACAAUCCGAACACCUCGUAUUUGCUCAAUCUUGAGGGAGAGGAUGCAUUUGACGGCGCUGACUGGGAUCUCGGUGGAUACUGGGACGAUGGUCAAGGCUACGGCAGCCAGUUGGUGCAAGGAAUCAGCCAACAGGCGAAAACUCCAAUGCUCAGCUUUGCGAGGGUUGUUAAGCGUGUGGAUGUGAAGCUCUUGAAGCGGAACUUGUGGGAGUGUUUUGAGAAAACUUCCCAUAAAAGAAGUGGAGGAACUGAAGAAAGUAUUGAAGCAGGCAUUGAUAGAUCGAAUUCUGACCUUUCGCGGAAGGAAGAAGAAACAUACCGGUUCACGGAGUUGGCAAGAGAGGUGAAUGCUAAGUACGCUCCAGAGAUGCGAAAGGACAUAUCCACCAGUUUCCUCUUCAUCUGCUUAUUGCAUUUAGCCAACGAGAACGGGCUUGAGAUCGCCAACGACGGUAAUCGCGAGCUUUUGGUCAGGAAAUAACGAAAAAUAGACGGGAGCCAUCCCUACUGCAUUAACGAAAAUAUACGC